AUAGAUGUAAAUACAAUCCACGGGCCUGAAAUAAAUUUAGAAAAUUGAAAUCUACUAGUUGGCUUACAACAAUGUCAAUGACCUAUGGACCUAGGCUCAUAUCCAACGGAAGAAACAAAGCUCAGGCAAAUAUAAUCCGUAUUACUGUUUGUUUUUUUCUUUUUGGGUUUAAUUUGACUUUUUGGUUGGUCGAGUGUGAAACGUACAACAAUUAUACUACUGAAGGGUAAGAAAAGACAGAUAAACGAAAGGGGCUUUUGAAGGAGAACAAGGCAUGGGACAAUAUAACUAGUUUAGAAAGGAAAUAGUAUCAGCUCAUGAGUCUGCCUCCGCAGGUGUAAGUGACGAUGCACGACUCAUCCACGAAGACUGUAUAGUUGUGAGCAGGUUUGGCUAGCAAUGGCGGAAGCCGAACCAGAAGGUCGCACACGCACUCGUUAUCCAUUUGCUUCAACCACUUGCAGCACUCUUGUUGAGCAAACGUCUCUUCUCUGUGUCGGUGAUGACGAUGGUGGUGGUGAUGGUGACGGCGGCGGCGACGGUGGUUAUGGCUGUUGUCGUUAUUGUUGUGGUGGUCGUGAUCAUCAUCAUGAUCGUGGUCAUGAUCACCGUGAUCAUGGUCGUGAUCAUGGUCGUGGUCAUGGUCAUCGUGGUCAUCAUGAUCGUGGUCAUGGUUGUGAUCAUGAUCGUGAUCGUCGUCAUCAUGAUCGUGAUCGUCGUCAUCAUCAUCAUCAUGGUCGUGAUCAUGGUCAUGAUCAUGGUCGUGAUCAUGGUCAUCGUCGUCAUGGUCGUGGUCAUCAUGAUCAUGGUCGUGGUCAUCAUGAUCAUGGUCGUGGUCAUGGUUAGGAGGAGGAGGGGGAAAGAUGGGAGGAGGAGGUGGGGCAAUGGGGGAAGGAAGUGGGACAGUGUUCAUUGGGAGACGUGAGCAUGCGUAGUUAGCCAGGGCGUAUUGAGAGGCGCAUAACGGACGUGGUGGUGGAAUCUGUAUGAUUCUCUGGCCUCGUGUGAAGGAGGAAGAGGAGAGAGCCAGAAGUAGAACAGCUACAA